AUGCUCUGGCAACUGGGCUGUGGGGCGCUCUGCCUUCAGCUCUGCGUCCCCAUAGGACGGGGGCUGCUCGCAGUGCGCGCGCUCGAGCGGCGCGCGCGUCUGCAGCCUCGGAGCUUCAAUCUGGGUCGAGGAUUCCACCGCCCACUGUACGGAGCAACAUGGCUACUUCUGCUGCUCCGCGCGGCGUUUUUCGCACUAACUGCAAUGGAGGACGUGGAGAAAAUGGAGAUCCCGGUUAAGGUGGCUACAUUCUGGCUGCUCGACAUGCCCAGUGUCGCUGUGGCGGCGCUAAAUGGCUACAUUGUGCUGUUCGCAGUGCGUCUGGUGUUCCGACGACGGUGGCCCGGAGCCACAUCAAGCGGCGAUAAUGGAAUCCUCUCUGCUGUAUUUGUGGCUUACUGCAUGUCACUUGUGGCGUUGGUGACUCUUGUGGCUGUUGGAAGGGCAGAGCGAGAUGCUCGGGGGUUAAUGGUGCCCCAGUGGUUGACUUUUGGCUACACGGCGGUGAUCUGGACGACGUUGGGACUGCUGAUGCUGAAGUACUGGGGACAGGCAGUCAAAUUUCUGUGGAGAUAUCGACGUCGGCAUCAAUGGAGUGCGUUGGAUGGUGAAGAAUCGUCACAGAAGAGCUCUUCCAGACUGCCGGUGUUGAGCAUUUCGUGUCUGAAGAGUGUAGCCAUGUGCAGCACACUCUUGGCCGAACUGAUGAUUGUUCGCGGAGUAUUA